GUGGUGUUGGCAGCGCUGGCGCUGGGACUUUUCCUGAGCCUGUUGUGAGCCGAGUGCUCCAAGCCUGCCAACUUCCCGCCGGGUCCAGCGUGGCGGCUUCCGGUAUGGGGAAAUUACCUGCAGCUGCGGCUGGAAAACUUCAAGUUCCCGUACCGGGCACUGGACGCCAUGGCGCGGCGCUACCACACCAAGCUGCUCGGCUUCUACUUCGGGCCGUACCCGACCGUGGUGGCUUGCGACUACGACGCGGUCAAGGAGGUGCUGGCCAACCCACACAUACAGGGGCGCGCCAGCAACGUCGCCAUCAGGGACCGGGCCUACGGCAAGGAUCUCGGAGUGUUCUUCGUAGAUGGAGGGCUGUGGAAGGAACAACGCCGCUUUAGCCUUCGGUAUCUGCGCGAUUUCGGCUUCGGACGUCGUUCUAAACAACUGGAAGCUGAAAUAGAAGCUGAAGUGAAGGAUUUGCUUGAAAUGAUCCGCGGUGAACGAGAGGGGGAGGGCGUGGUGCGCGCGUGCCCGGCGUCGGGCGGCCGGCGGCUGCUGCUGCCCGAGGCUCUCUUCACGGCGACCAGCAACUGCCUGCUGCCCGCGCUGUACGGCGGCCGCGCGCCGAGGGAGGCUGAUGCGGCUACGCGCGCCCUGGGCCGCGCCGGGCUCGGCUUCGUGCGCUCCACCGACGCCACGGGCGGCUUCGUCACGCUGCACCCCUGGCUGGCCGCGCUCUGCCCGCGGCUCUCCGGCUACCUCGACACCGUGCACAACAGCGACCACUUCCGCUUCCGCUGCGAGCAAAUGGUUGAUGAACAUAAAAAUACAUUGUGUGACGAUGACAUGAGAGAUUUCAUUGAUGUCUAUCUGAAAGAGAUGAUGAAGAAACAAAAGACUGAGGAACCAACAUUCUUUUCAACUGAGCAGCUGGUGGUGACGAUGAUGGACUUCAUCAUCCCCACCACGACGUCGCUGGCCGUGGCCCUGACCUGGUACCUGAUGUGCGUAGCGCACCACCCGCGCGUCCUGCGGCGCAUACACCAGGAGCUGGACUCCGUCGUCGGUCGCGGCCGCCUGCCCUCUCUCGAUGACAGACCGAGGACGCCGUAUUUUGAGGCCAGCAUACGAGAGUCGCUUAGGCUUUGCACUCUCACGCCAAUCUCAAUUCCUCAUAGAGCGACGCAGGACACUACGUUGAAAGGAUACUUUAUUCCCGCGAAUACCACUGUUAUAACGAGUCUGUGGAGCGUACAUAUGGAUGAAAAUCUGUGGGGUGAUCCGAAUAAUUACCGACCAGAAAGAUUUCUGGAGAAUGACGGCACGCUUACUAAGAAGGACUACAAUCUGCCAUUUGGUGCAGGCAAACGGCUGUGCCCUGGAGAGACAUUUUCCCGCCAGAACUUCUACCUCUUGUGUGGCGCUCUUCUGCAGAACUUCACAAUCGAGCCAGAUGGCGUACCGCCAUUAGAUUCCAACAUACCUGGCUUCGUUGAGACUCAGCCGUCCUUCUGGGCCAGGUUCACUCCUCGUUGAUGAGGGCAGGAUCUGAAAUGGAGAAGAAUGAUUGCUGACAACCAAACUGUAUUUGCUUACAUUGAGGCACCUUCCAACAGUCUCAUGGAAAGGUGGUUAUUAAAUACCAUCAAUCACUUUACUAUUUCCUUAAACUUAUCACAAAUGUAGAGGUAUUUAAUUACACACAUGAUUUCAGAAAUUGCUGUAGACUCUUGUGGCACUGGCUAAAACAAUGAAUGGACUGGAGAAUUUUAUCAAGUGACACUUGAUUUCAAUACAUUUCCUUUGUCACCGUUCUUUAAAAGGAUUUACGAAGAGUGGAGACAGAAUCCUCCAUCCACCACUGGUGGCCUUAUGGGCACAUAUCAUAUAUGAGACAGUAAGUUCUAUCUUACUCAUAAUUGUCAGUCACGAAAGUGAGAAUGUUAUUCUUCGCUUCACGCUUAUCAGCUUCAAAAGUCGAGACUAGCGUGCAGAUAUAUUCAAUGUUAUUGAAUUUUAAGUUCUCUUAUAAACUGACAGAUACCAAUAACAGCAUGUAUUACUAAAAUACGGAUAUAAAUUCUCCUAGAAGUAAGCAAAUACAGACAGAGGUUUAAUGUGGCACUGUGCCUACUAGUGGAUUGAAGUAUUUUCCUGAAGUCUUCUAACUUCUGCUGAUUAACGACUAGUCAGUGACAAGAAAAGGAAUCGUGUGUAGAUGGCGUAUAAAGGAAUGGAAGAAGAAGUCAAGAUUCUUGUCAUACUCAAAAUGAUGAAACACAGCACAUUCAUUCUAUUCAAUAAAUUUGCCAUUUGAUUUUAUCAUAAAUUAUUUUUACGAAAUUUAUAUUUACAUUAUAGUAAUAUAUGCCAUAGUUAAUGUCUGCCUGUUUAUAAGACA